AUGCAUUCUCUCUUGUUUUGGUUUACAGCCGCACUGCUGCCUUUCGCUCAUAGUGCAGGUGUUACUGGAUCAGCUUCAGGUGCUGCUCACGGAGUAACUGGUGGUGGAAGUGCUAGCCCCGUCACACCUACUACAACUGCCGACAACACCUGCGGAUCUAGUGGACAAAAUGCCAUCAAUGCGAAUGGAUGGUGUGGAUCUGCUCCCGCAACUACGGUCAAAUACGAUAAUGCUGGUACCACCCCAAUUCAGGUCAAGAGCAACAAGAGUAUUGUUGGUGUAGGCAGCGCGGGUGUUAUCAUUGGUCGAGGACUCUAUCUCUCUGGUGUUUCCAAUAUCAUUAUUCAAAAUGUUCAUAUCACCAACCUUAACCCUUCAUUGAUUUGGGGUGGUGAUGCUAUCACGUUGACAAUGCUCUUCUAUGGUGCCGCAGACUACGUUACUCUCGUAAACAACUACAUUCACCACUGCUCUGGCAGAGCCCCCAAGGUCGGUGGAAGCUCCGGCGAUGCUAUCACCAUGCACGCCGUCAACAACUACUUCUACAAUAUCGCAGGAGAUGAUUUCGACAUUGGUGUCGGCGCUGCAGUCUUGUUGGAGGGCAACUACUUCCAAUCUGUCACAACUCCUAUCACAGCUGCUUCUUCCUCAGCUAGAGGUUCCAUCUUCACCACCGUUUCUAGAACCGAAUCAUCUUGUACCGCAUACCUCGGCCGUGCUUGUGUCACAAAUGCAGUUUCAAGCUCGGGAACUCUUCCAGGUUACGGUACCACCGCCUUCUUGGCCACCAUCAAGGCCAAGGAAAGUGGCUAUGUUCCUGCUGCGAUUGCUGCUUCUUCGGUCCCCGCUUACGUUGUGGCCCAUGCCGGUGUUGGCAAGCUCUAA